UGUCACGCUGGAAACCGGACCGGGCCGGGCUGGGCCGUAUCAUCUACUCUAUAAAUAUUUCCACUCUACUGCUUCUCUGAAACCCUAGUUCGGGAUCACCUGCGUAGAAGGCUUCGUUGGAGUCGCCGCCGCCUCCUGUUCGCCGAACGCAGCCAUGGGUAAGGUGCACGGUUCUUUAGCUCGCGCGGGAAAGGUCCGAGGCCAGACGCCGAAGGUGGCGAAGCAGGACAAGAAGAAGAAGCCCCGUGGAAGGGCCCACAAGCGCAUGCAGUACAACCGCCGCUUCGUGACCGCCGUGGUUGGAUUCGGUAAGAAGAGAGGUCCAAACUCGUCCGAGAAGUAAAGACGACGACGACGGUACCAAAAUGUCUCCUUUAGCUACUUUUUCUCCCGCUUGUUCGUUCGUAUGCGAUUUUGUAUUUCUUCUUAUGCAUUGGACCUUUGUUUUCUUCUAUACAAUGAUUAAACGGAAGCAGACUUAGAGCUAUGGAAUUGUGUAUUGAUUUCUCUCUUUCAA